AUGCCCCCACCCUCCACCCAGCUAUCGUCCUGGGCCCGCCCGCGCCUCUCCGCACUCCUCCCAGACCUCGACGACGCCUCCCUCACCCAACUGCUCGAAUACACCUGCUCGCUGGACGCCGCGCGCGCCGCGGAGCAUCUGCGCGGGAUCCUGGGCGAUUCGGCGCGGGCGCUGGAGUUUAUUGUUGGGUUUGGGGAGAGGAGGGGGAGGGGUGCUGCUGGUGCUGGUGCUGGUGCUGGUGCUGGAGGAGGAGAUGGUGGGAAGAAGACCGGGAAGGCGGGAGGCGCGCAAGCGCAAGCGCAGGCAGAGAGGAAGCCUCCCUCGGCGGCCGGGCCGUUGAUAUCUGAGUAUCUGCCGAAUGUACGGUCGAAGACUGCGAGGGCGGCUGUUGCGCGGCGACAUCAGCAGCAUCAUGCCGCAUCAUCGCCCUCGACAGAGGCCUCCCCUUCGCGAAACCGCAACAUGUCUACCACUGCAUUUACAACUACAUCUACAACAUCCGACAUAGCCGACCUAACCGCCGCCAUCGCCCAGCUCGAACAAACCACCAACCCCUCCCUCUCCACCACCACCAGCAGCAGCACCACCACCAACAACCCGCGCCAGAAAAGGAAAUGCUCCUGCCAAGCAACCCUGCACCCCCUCUUCACCCCGGCCCCCAACUGCCUGAACUGCGGCAAGAUCAUCUGCGCCCUCGAGGGCCUCCAGCCCUGCUCCUUCUGCCAGCACCCGCCACUCUCGCCGCGCCAGGUGCAGGAGAUGAUCCGCGAGCUGCGCGCAGAGCGCGGAAACGAGAAGAUGCGCGCACAUAACCUUGCGGCCGGGUCCAAGGGGGACCGGCACCGGCAGCAGCAGCAGCAGCAGCAACGGCACGGGGAGAUCUCCAGCGACAACAGCGGCCACGGCCGCGGCCCCGGUACCGACACAAACGAUAAUACAGCGCACGACCUCGCCGCGGCACAGGCGCACCGCGACAAGCUGCUUCGCUUCCAGGCGCAGAACGCGCGGCGCACGAGGGUCGUGGACGAGGUUGCGGAGUUUGAGACGCCGGACGUGCAUGCGGCGAGCACGCUGUGGAUGAGUGCGGGGCAGCGGGCGCUGGCGCUGAAGCGGCAGCAGCGGGUGCUGAGGGAGAUGGAGGAGAAGGAGAGGGAGAGGGAGAGGGGGUCAGUGGUGGUUAGUUUGAGUUUUGACGGGGGGAGGAAAGGGGUGUUGAGGAGGGUGGAGAGGGGGGUGGUUGAGGAGGGGGAGCAGGAGGAGGAACGGGAGGAGGAGCAAGUGGAGGAGGUGGAGGAGGAGAAUGGAGAGCGGAAGGGGGGCUUCGGGCGGAACCCGCUGCUUGCAGGUGGGGGUUUGGUGAGGCCUGUGUGGAAGCCAAAAGGGCAGGUUGUUGAUGGGAAUGGGGAAGGGGGAGGGAAGGAGCGGGAGCCAAGGCAGAAGAAGCAGACGUGGCGGAGGGUGCAGGAUGAUGAUGGGGAUAAUGAGAGGUGGAUUCUGGACGGGGGACUGUAUGGGUUUGGCAGUGAGCGGGGAGAGGAGGUGGGAACUGAAAUGUAG